GGUCUCACAUGCUAUUUGGGUCUUUUACGGUUUUCCUUCAUGAAUGUUCUUUGAAAUGUGUUCAUACGAGUUCAUAACGAACUGAACUACUGAAUGCCAGCUUCUCCGAGUACAAACUCAUUUAAAUUUUAAACCAGACUUAAAUUCAGGUGGACACAUCGUUGAUUGUCUCCGCCUCUAUCUGAACACCCGCAAUUGGCGUUGCUGCUUUGCUAGUUUAGCUACUUCGCAAGAGGAAAACAUGGAAUUUGGGCAAAGCUCGGGCUCUUCCAGCGACGACGUCAUCUGGGCCAGACUCGUACCGGUGGGCUCAAGUAGUUCCGAGAUUGAGCUGAAGUUGAAUGAGACUGUUAUAUGCUCAGAGGUAUCCACUUUGGAGAAACCCGCAUGGUGCAAAAUCACAAGAGGUGGGGAUAUGGUUUCUGCAACAAUACAAAAUACCAGUUCAAACGUCAUCCUUGUUGAUGAGACGGUUGUUCUGGAUGAACAAACUGCGAUGAUCAAGUGUGGCAGUGAAAUUGCAUUGAGCCUUUCUACCAAGGGCUCUUUAAAGUACAGAUUUGAGGUAAUGCCUGCAGAGGAACCUUGCAAACAUCUAAAGGUCUCUGUUGAUGUAGAACAUGCAAAAUGCAGCAUUUGUUUAAACAUAUGGCAUGAUGUUGUCACUGUUGCACCUUGUCUUCAUAAUUUUUGCAAUGGAUGCUUUUCAGAGUGGCUAAGGAGAUCCCAAGAGAAAUGUUCAAGUGUUAAAUGUCCUGAAUGUAGAGCCGUUAUUCAGUUUGUAGGAAAAAACGCCUUCUUGCAUAAUAUGGAGGAGAAUAUACUGCAAGCUGAUCCCUCUCUGAAGCGUCCUGGUGAGGAUAUCAAACUUAUAGAGUCUUAUGCCUCCAUAAAUUCACCACUUGUUCUUAACAGUGGGAAAAAAUCCAAAAAGAAGAGGGCACACUCUCCAUCAGAUGAUGCCAGUAUAUUGGGGCUUCCAUGCCUUCAAUGUGGCACUGAAAUCCGGGGGUUCCAAUGUAACCGAAGCACAGUUCAUUUACAAUGCCAAGCAUGUGGAGGGAUGAUGCCUUUGAGAUUGAAUGCUGGUGUACCGCAAAACUGUGUAGGAUGUGAUCGAGCAUUCUGUGCUGCUUAUUGGCAUGCUCAAGGAGUUAAUGGAAGUGACUUGCAGCCUGUUUGCAGUCCUGAAUCGUUCAAACCUAUAAAAGAUCGUACAAUCACUCAAAUGCCAUCUUUCACGCAUGAGAAUAAUCUGCAUGAACAACAGAUCACUGAAAGAUGUAUUGCGAAAAUGGGUAAAUCAUUGCAAGAUGUGGUCUCUGACUGGAUUGUGAAAUUUGAUAAUAAGCAGAUAGACCGAACAAGAAUGACGCUGAACCACGCCGAGACCAUAACCUCUCGCACAUGUUGUUGUAGUGAGUGCUAUGAGAAGAUAGUUGCAUUUCUGUUGUACUGGUUUAGGGUCACUCUACUAAAGCAUAGUUCCCAUUUCUGGCAACAAGUUACCAUGCCUUGGAUUAUUUGUUGACUACUACAAAUAUGUGCACUUUCAGAGUAUGACAGCAGAAGACUCACAGAGGGAAGACUGCUGGUAUGGGUAUGCAUGUCGCACACAGCACCAUAGCGAAGAACAUGCACGCAAAAGAAACCAUGUCUGUCGUCCAACAAGGGGCAGACACAUGUAGGACCCUCAUGUUUUCUCGAGUUGUGAUGAUUCACAGUAUUUCUCAUAACAUAAGAUAUGAUGGUAAUAAUGGUAUAUGCAGUGGUUUGUACUUUGUAGUGAAGGUAGUAGGUAUUCUUAUCGAAAAGAUGAAUGCAUUUUUAUUCAGAGUUUCUGCGGUUCUGUUCCAUUCUGCAAUGAGGCUAAUGGACAUUUCCGAACUCUAUCCUAAUUUUAAUUUUAAGUUUCUUAAAAAAGGUUUAUCCGAAGUUCUGAAAUCUCUAGC